AUUUCAAAUUCAAGAAACAAAACCAAAAAACAUAUCGCCAAACAUGCCUUCAACAACAGCAACAAAAUCCUUAGGUGGUCGAGGAAAAACCUCAAAAGCAACAAAAUCAAUCUCAAGAUCUCAUAAAGCAGGUCUUCAAUUCCCCGUUGGUCGAAUCGCUCGGUUCUUGAAAAAGGGUCGUUAUGCUCAGCGUGUUGGGUCAGGUUCACCCGUUUAUCUGUCAGCGGUUCUUGAAUACCUUGCUGCUGAAUUGUUGGAACUUGCUGGCAAUGCUGCGAGAGAUAACAAGAAGAAUAGGAUUAUUCCGAGGCAUAUACAACUUGCUGUGAGGAAUGAUGAGGAAUUGAGCAAGUUGUUGGGAUCUACUACUAUUGCUAAUGGUGGAGUUUUGCCUAAUAUUCAUCAGAAUUUGCUUCCGAAGAAAAUUAGCAAGGGGAAAGAUGGAAUUGGUUCUGUUUCACAGGAAUUUUAGAUUUCUAGGUGUUGAAUUAGGAGAUUGGGUACUGAUUUUGAUUUGUUCAUAACUGUUCUAUGUGAAGUGAAAGUUUAGUUCCUCAUGUUGAAGUAUGUAGAAUUUAGUGAAGACAAAAUUAAUGGAUUUCUUAUGAUUGCUAGAA